AUGGACAUCUCAAACAACACAGCGAGCGCUCCUGACGCCGACCCGGAGAAGCGGGCCGGUGUCGACGACAUCAAUGUUCAUACGACUCAUGACUCGCCCGAUCUUGACAUUUCCAAGGUCGUUAUCAAGGAUGAGACCGGCGAACUGGCUAGCAAGGCGCUGAUGAGCGGUACCGUUGACCCGGAAGCCUCACGCAAGGUCUUGAAGAAGAUUGAUCUUUAUCUUCUUCCCUUCUUGUGCAUCACUUACGCUUUGCAAUUCAUCGACAAGACUUCUCUGGGCUACUCGUCUGUUUACGGUAUCAUUCCCGAUAACAAGCUGGUUGGUCAAGACUAUUCAUGGACCAGCUCUAUCUUCUACUUCGGUUACCUCCUCGCCGAAUACCCCGGAGUCGCCAUCCUGCAGAGAUUCCCAGUCGCGAAGUUCCUCGGUGCCAAUAUCAUUCUCUGGGGUGCUGUACUCAUGACCACGGCGGCUUGUUCCUCAUUUGGCGGACUUGCCACGGUCCGAUUCAUUCUGGGUAUGACUGAGGCGACAAUCUCUCCUGGCUUUGUCGCUGUGACGGGUAUUUGGUGGACUCGGGCAGAACAGGCCGGCCGUUCAGCACUGUGGAUUUCUUUCCUCGGUGUGGGCAGUUUCGUUGGCGUGCUGAUUGCCUAUGGCAUUGGCCACAUUACUGGUAGCUUGUCGCCGUGGAAGUACAUCUUCCUUAUCCUUGGUGCUAUCACGAUCCUUUGGGGUGUGGCGUUUAUUCUUUUCGUCCCGGACAGCCCUACCCAGGUGAAGUGGCUGUCCGAGGAAGAGAAGGUCAUCGCUGUUCAACGUAUUGUUGAGAACAAGACCGGAACCAAGAGUCGGCACUUCGAGAAGGCCCAGAUUCUUGAGGCUGUCAAGGAUCCGAGGGUCAUUAUCCUUGGGCUGAUCUCAUUUGUCAACGCCAUGGCCUCUGGUGGACUUUCCUUCGGCUCCCUGAUUAUCCAGGGCUUUGGAUUCUCCCCUAUCCAGACUACUCUGAUGAACUUGCCUCUGUCCACUGUACAAGUUGUGGCUCAACUUAGCUGUGGAUUCCUCAUCACCAAGAUUGGCAAGUCCAGACUGCAUAUCGCAUCUCUUGCAAUGAUUCCUCCGAUCAUCGGUACUUGUCUGAUCAACCAGCUGAAGCACUCCAACAAGUGGGGCAGACUGGUCGGUGUGUGGCUCCUGGGUUCCUACCCCGUUGGAUUCAUGGUUAUCCUGGGUCUUCUGUCAACCAACAUCGCUGGUAGCACCAAGCGCUCCGUGGCUUCUGGGUGGGUAUUUGUCUGCUACUGCGUGGGCCAGAUUUCCGGCCCGCAAUUCUUCAAGAGCAAGCAAGCCCCAGAGUAUCACAGCGGCAUUGUAGCCAUGCUGUGCGGUUUCGUCUUGAACUUGGUGCUCAACCAGGUCCUGAGGUUCCUCUAUAUUCGUGAGAAUAAGAAGCGGGACCAGGCGCUUGCGGGCAAAUCUGAGGAGGAGCUUGCAGACAUGAAGAGGGAGAGUGAGUUGCAGGGCUUUGAAGAUGUUACUGACAAGCACAAUGCAAUGUUCCGCUAUGUGUUGUAG